GAUGAGAAUUUUUCUAUUGUUAUUAAUUUCAACACUUUAAAUCUCAUAUUCUGAAAAGAUUAAGAUUUCAUUGUAUAGUAUUAAUAGUUAAAUAUUAUUUUUAGUUGAAUCAUUAUGUCCUGAUACGACAAGGUUUAUUUAAUCAUCUUUAUUGAAAGCAUUAAAAACACCAUUAUUUGAUGAAUUAGUUGAGCUAAGAUUCAUUCCAUAUGGAAAGGCUUCAUAAAAUGAAUAAAGUAAUGGUGGUAUCGUUUUCAAAUGUUAACAUGGAGAUUUAGAAUGUUUUGGUAAUAAAUUAUAAGCUUGUGGAUUUAAUGUCCUCUCUUCUUAAACUGAAUAACUUAGAUUUUUAACAUGUAUUUAAAAAACAAGAAAGAGAUAAAAAGAAGAUUUCGAAUCUGAAAUUAAAUAAUGUCUUCCUGAUUUAUGGGAGGGAGUCUUAGAAUGUGCUAAUGGUACUUAAGGAAUAGAAUUAUUAUGGGAAAAUGGAAUAGAGACUUUAAAUUUAGACCCAAAGUUAACUUAUGUUCCAUGGGUGACUGUAGAUGAUAAAUUUGAAUCUAAAGCUCAUGAGAUGAUUGAAAGAAAUAUAGUAUAGUGGGCAUGUUAAUUAGCAAAUAAGGAAACUGAAAAAUAUAGUCAGAUUGAUGCAUGUUAAGAAUAUAAGUGA